AUGGCAGCCGACUCCGCCUCGACCAACGGCGCCAGCAUUGCUGAGCAGUACAGCCUCCUGCCCAAGCUCAUGCCCUACCUCGACCGCCAUCUCGUCUACCCGCUCCUCAACUUCUCCAGCGAUGAAGAGGCAGAACAGACAAUCGAGCAGAAGAAGCUGCUGCUCCAACUGCUCAAGCCCACGAACAUGACCGAUUUCGUCGGCCAACUGCACCAGGAAGUCGAAGGUCUCGACGACAUGCCCGAAGAGUACAAGCAGAAACGCGACCAGGUCCUACAGCGUCGCGACCAGUUGGAGGAGCAGACGAGCAAGAUCAGCGCCCUUUUGGACGACGAGAAUGUCGUCACCAACCUGAGGAGUGACAAAGUCCAGAACUUGGCCUACCUCAAGGAGAGCCACGGAGUCGACAUGGACAUGGUCAACCAGCUAUACGAGUUUGGCCAAUUUCAGUACAGCUGCGGUGUCUACCCACACGCUGCCGAGUUGCUCUACCGGUUCAGGGUUCUGACCACCGACGGCGACAAAGAACGCGAAGCCACGUGGGGCAAGCUCGCAUGCGAGAUCCUCUCCGUCAACUGGGACUCGGCGAUUGAGGAGAUCAACAAGAUCAAGGAAAUCAUCGACACACGCCUCUUCAACAACCCCCUCGCACAACUCCAGCACCGCACAUGGCUGAUCCACUGGUCGCUCUUCCCCCUGUUCAACCACGAGACCUCGCGCGAGACCCUCACCGACAUGUUCUUCUCUCCCGCAUACAUCAACACCAUCCAGACCAACUGCCCGUGGAUCCUGCGCUACCUCGCCGCUGCCGUCAUCACCGGUCGCAACAAGGGUAGGAACUCAAACCAGUACCAGAAACAGCUCAAGGACCUGGUCAGGAUUGUCAGGCAAGAGGGCUACGAGUACAAUGACCCCGUCACCGACUUUAUCAAGGCGCUGUACAUCGACUUUGACUUUGAGGAGGCACAGAAGAAGCUCGGUGAGACAGAGGAGAUUUUGAAGAAUGACUUCUUCCUCCUGGGAGCAGCGGAUCAGUUCAUCGAUGCGGCGAGACAUCUCAUCUCUGAGAGCUACUGCAAGAUUCACCAGAGAAUUGACAUCAAGGACCUUUCCACACGCCUCGGUCUCUCACAAGAUGAGGGUGAGAAGUGGAUCGUCAAUCUCAUCCGCGACACCCGCGUAGACGCAAAGAUUGACUACCAAGCCGGCACAGUUGUCAUGAACCACCCUCCACAAUCUGUCUACCAGCAAGUCAUUGAGCGGACCAAGGGCGGCUUCUUCAGGACCCAGGUCCUCAGUGCGGCAGUAGCGAAAUGA